AUGGCCCGCAAGCGCAAUAGCGUAGCUAGUACUGCUGACAUGUGCCCGCGGGAUCUCAAUAAGAUCCCCAUAGUGGACGAUGCUGCCUUCGAUGGCGACGCUGACGAUCAGGAUUACAACGAGUGUAACGACGCCUGCGACAACGACGCGGACUUUGGUGAGGAGGAGGACAAGGGCAUGUCUGACUCCGAGGAUGGCGGUGACGCUGACGAGGACGCCUGCAAUGACGAGGAGGCCCAGCCCGCAGCUCCGACUCCACGUCGCGUCCGUGCUACAGCCGCAGCCGGAACCAAGACUGCCGCGAAGGGCGGUGAACCACCUCGUGCCGCUGCCAAGACCCGCAACUUGCAUCCUGUGAAGCGGAGCAAGCAGUGGCGCAAUCUCGUUACCAUGUUCAAGCAACUUAAGAAGGGGGAGAAGGCGUCGGGCAAGGGGGCGGUGUGCAAGCCCCCCUGGUAUCCGUACAUGGAGCUCUUCCAGAACAACAAGGCGAUAGGCAACCCUCACGUUUUCGACGAUGGUGGUGCGGCACAUUUCAACGUGCCUUGCGGUUUCGCGAUCCCAUCCACAUCAGCGCCAUGCACCUAUACGCCGACUUUCACUGGUGCGUUCCGUUUGCGUUUAGGGCAGCUCGUGUGCGCAUUUCAUUAG